GAAAAACAAGAAAACAAAUCUCUGGAAUUUGUUUGUUUGCAAUUACGUGCGCGUGUGAAAGAAAGAUUUCCCCUCGUCCAGACCCGAAACAAUAGAGGUCUCGACACCAAUGCAUAAUUAUAGAUCAAAGAAAGAACAACAGAACAAUAUCAAAAGCUUUCUUUCUUGUUCACUGUCAAAAAGAAGAGACCACAAAUUUUUCCACUUCUUUUUUUCUUGAUCCCUAUAGCAACCAUAACAAUGGCAGUUAAUCCAUCAACUCGCUGUUUUCCUCGCUCUUUAGCUCCUCCUCCUCGCUCGCCUGUUGUCUUCUUUAAACGGGUUUCGUCUUCCCGACCCUCUUUCUUAACCGAGCUUCCGGUUUCAAGAAUCGUCUCGGUUCGCUCUCAAGUACCCAGUUCUGACGGGUCGGGUCCUUUGAGAUUCGUGAUUGAACCUCAAUCUGAUAUCGGGUCGUCGUCGUCAUCAUCAUCCGCGAUUGAUUUUCUCACAUUGUGCCAUCGCUUGAAGACUACAAAAAGGAAGGGAUGGAUCAACCAUGGGAUAAAGGGUCCUGAAUCAAUUGCUGAUCAUAUGUACCGCAUGGCUUUAAUGGCACUUAUUGCUGGUGACCUUCCCAAUUUAAAUCGAGAAAGGUGCAUAAAGAUUGCGAUUGUACAUGACAUUGCAGAAGCUAUUGUUGGAGAUAUUACACCAUCUGACGGUGUGCCUAAGCAAGAAAAGAGCAGACGGGAGCAAGCAGCUUUAAAUGAAAUGUGUGAGGUUCUUGGCGGAGGAAUGAGGGCUGAAGAGAUCAAAGAACUGUGGGAAGAGUAUGAGAACAAUGCUUCCUUGGAGGCCAACCUUGUGAAAGAUUUUGACAAAGUUGAGAUGAUUUUACAAGCGUUGGAAUAUGAAAUGGAACAUGGGAAGGUGCUGGAUGAGUUUUUCCUUUCAACAUCUGGCAAGUUUCAGACUGAAAUUGGAAAGAGCUGGGCAGCUGAGAUUAUCUCGAGAAGAAACUCUAGAUUGGCCAGCAAGCUACACUAACAUCCAGAUAUAGCUACAUUUUUCAUCUUUUUUUUCUGGUUGAGGAGUCGGUUGACAACUUGAAGACUUCCUCCUGGCUAUUCACCUCGAAACGCCUCUUUUUGUCGGUCCUGAUUCUGGAAGGGUAACCAUUAGAUUGUAUGGGAAAGCAAGAGGGGGGCAGCAAGAGCUUCAAAUUCUUGAAAUCCGCUGUAACUACUAAUCAGUACAGAAUCCAGUGGUGCCAGCAUACUGUCUGUUAAUGGCAACUUUAGUGUCUUAAAAAUUUGAAUAAUGUGUAAGAGAUGGUGGUCUCUAUGAUUGGGCGGCCGGAUCAUCAUGGCAGGCUUAUCAAUGUAGUUAAGAGCACACCUUUUAGUUUGGACAUAAUUUAAUGUAACUAAUGUGACUACAAUAAGAUCAAAAUAUUUGCAUUGCAA